AGUAGCUUUAAACGAUGAACAGUUUUACUUUCACUAUUGAAUAUCUCAGUAAGAUAUUGGGAGCGCAGUAAAGUUUAAUCUCCAUUACACUGCGUACUAAAGUUAACAAAAUGUCUUUUAUUAUUUUAUCUGUUUUGUUUCUUUCAAUAAGUCAUUAUUGUUGUGGCGAUUAUCAGUUUGCAUCUGAGUAUCAAAUAGAGACGACGACUCUUCCACCGCCGCCAGUACCGUACAGUUUUAAUUACAAAGCUGGGAGAUAUCCAGGACAUGUCGAUCGAUUUAGAUCUGAAUCUGGCGAUGGAGCUGGUGUAGUACACGGUACUUAUUCUUAUAUUGACCCAAAAUUCAAAAUCAGAACCGUAGAUUACACUGCAGAUAAAUAUGGCUUCCAUCCAAUUUUAAAAAAUUUCGAAGACGUUCAAGCCCAGCCACAAGAUUCAGAAGCUGUGAGAUUAGAAAAAGAAAAGCAUCAUCGUCUGUAUGAAAAAAUAGCUAACAGUAACGCAAACCCUGAUAGUUUGAUUAAUAAUCUUCCGCGGGAAACCGCUAGUGUUGCCAGAGCUAAAAACCACCACUUUGAAUUAUUUAAAAAAAUAGCCGCCGAGCAUGAAGCUAUCGCGCAUCAACGCGAGGCUGAACGACUGGCAUUCGAAGCAACUUCAGUACCCAAUAACGUUGAAGAAUCAAUAAAUUAUUAUAAAUAAUUUUUUUUUAGUAGAUUUCAUUACUUUUAUAGUAAUUAAUUUAAUUUCUGCACAUUAUAAAAAAAAUUUCAAUUUAUCAAGCAAUCGUCUAAAAUUAAUGUAAUUAAAUACAUAAAAUAUAUGUAUAUUUAUGAUACAUAAAACAAUGAUUAUGUAAAUAAUCUACUACAUUAA